AUGUCUGAGCCAUCGUUGAGACGUAGAAUGGCUCAAGCGAAGACUUCGUCGAAUUCUGUCCCUGUGACGCCAUACCAACGACAUCCUCCUCCACCUAGAAGAGGUCAUCCCACCCGUUCACUCCACAUAUCGCUUUCCCUUCUGAUACUUGGAUUCUUCGUCAUCUAUGCCCAGAAGAAUACCUCUUUCUUCAAGACUAAAGCUGUGUAUGAAGUAGAUGGGAAACAGCUUCCUGAACAAUUCGUCAUUUGUUCUAAAGAUGGACAGAUGAUCUAUACUGUUCCUGAAGAUGAAGGUGUAGGAGAAACACAAUGUGUCGUUGUGAUACAAGGGAAAGUGGUAGACACUGGAAGCCUAGGUAAAAUACGUCGAAAAUGGAACGCUAUGAAAAUGAUCAAUCUGCCUAGCGGAUAUACUUUGACGCCGGGAUUUAUAGAUUCCCAUGGGCACCCUCUGAUUUAUGGUCAUGCCCAACAACUACAAUUACACGGAUGCAAAUCGAUAGCUGAAGUCAUCGAAAGAGUCGAGGCAUUCGUCAAGAGUAAUCCGCUUACACCAGGUGCAUGGGUUGAAGGUCUAGGGUGGGAUCAGAAUAUGUGGACCGAGAAAGAAUUUCCAAUAGCAGACGAUUUCAACACCUCACCUAUCUUGAGAGAUCUACCUAUCAGUUUAUCAAGAGUCGAUUUUCACGUUGAAUGGGUUUCGCCUGCUAUUCUGGAAAUGCUCGGAGAUAUACCGGAUGUCAACGGUGGUCAAGUAGUCAGAGAUAAGGAUGGCAAUCCCACCGGUAUCUUUGUCGACAAUGCUAUCAAUAUGUUGACAGCUAUCCGACCACCAUGGACAGACGAAGAUAGAGAGAGAUACCUCAACAUCAUGUUACAGGAUGCUAUGAGUAAAGGUUUGACAGGGGUUCAUGAUGCGCAAGGCUUCUUGAAGGAAGUCCCAUUCUGGGAACGUAUGGAAAAGGAAGGAAAAUUGCCUAUACGGUUCUACCAGAUGCUGAAAUGUGAAGAAGAAGACUUUUGCGGUGACAAAGUAACGCAAGUCACUCAUCCUGACUCUCACUUCACCCUUCGAGCGGUGAAACUCUUCGGCGAUGGUGCUCUUGGUUCUCGAGGCGCUGCUUUGACAGAAGACUAUACGGACAAGCCAGGAUGGAAGGGAUUCAUGUUGAAGAAGGAGGAAAUUUGGGGUCCAUUGAUCAAGCAGUGGUACGACGCCGGCUGGCAGGUGAACGUGCACACAAUAGGCGAUCGAGCUGCCCACGUAGUCCUGGACGCCAUCGAAGCUGCCCUCGAAGGAGAGCCCAGCCCCGAAAUACAACCGAGGUUUAGGUUAGAACAUGCACAAAUCAUGUCAAUGGAAGAUAUCGAGCGAGCAGCCAGACUAGGAGUCAUUGCAAGUGUACAGCCUACUCAUGCUACAAGUGACAUGUGGUACGCCGAGGACCGCCUUGGUCCAGAGCGAAUAAAAGGUGCCUACGCCUGGCGGAGUUAUCUAAACCACGGCGGACGUAUUACCUUAGGAUCCGACUUCCCGGUAGAAUCUAUAGAUCCACUUAAGGGAUUCUAUGCGGCUGUGACUCGAUUAUCAGAAGAUGGUAAAUCCCCUCACGGUAAAGGGGGAUGGUAUGCUACCGAGAAAUUGACCAGAGAAGAAGCUUUAAGGGGAAUGACGAUUGAUGGAGCCUACGCUUCGUUGUCUCACACUACAGGAUCACUGACACCUGGCAGGAAAUUCGAUGCGGUAAUUUGGGACGAUGAUUUGAUGAAUGUACCGGACAAUGAGAUAUUAGAGGUCAAAGCGAAUGGUGUUAUCGUGGAUGGCAAAUUAGUAUGGGGCUCUUUGGGUUAG